GUUGACUUCUCUCCAUACUCAAUACAGCCUAAUUCAUUACUUGACAACCUCAAACAUGGUUAAAGGUAAGUUGCUAAUGAAAAGCCGGGACAGCUAGGGUCGAGUUUGUUUCCUAGAUGGGUAAAUAUAUGUUAGGUAGAUAUAAUUGUUUCUUAUUAAGAUUUAAAAACAAUGGACGAGGGACGAGCUCAAAGGUAAAUUCAUUCUUCACCAUCAACGCCGCCACUGAAAACGUACUUGCGAUUUUCUUCAUUCCACGACAUGGCCUGGAUUAGCCAUUCGCAGUCGUGCCCCGCCUCUGGGUUUUCCUUCAUGUGAAUAUGUUAUAGUACAUUUCGUAUAUUUCUGAUUUUAUAUAUUUACAUUGUUUUUUUUUUCUUGGUUAUACAUAUCUUCUUUUCUUCCCAUAGGAGUUAUGGUAAUCUAAUGCGGAUGGAGAUAUUCCCUCUCCUUCUGUCGCUCGUUACAUUUCUUCGAAUUCAGAAUCCAACAGUCGGCCGGUCCUCUGCUGGUCUGAACGACAAUUCCCAUGGCGCGCAAGAAAGGCGACGAAGAGCAAAGUUCUUCCGUGAGCGACAACCAUGCAGAAUUGCUCUACCGAUCUCUUGAGCAGUACAACCAAGAGCAGAAACGGAGAAAGCAACCCUCAUUUGUCCUCGCCGCUCUAAUAACCCUCUUCCUCUCCUCUGCGGGAGGUAUUUCCCUCGCAAUAGUAUUGAUGUUGCAGCCCACGGAGAUGAAAUUCACCUGUAUAUCGCGGGACUUGGUACUCUUCGCAUCCGCAAUAGCCUUGCUAUAUAUAUGUCUUCAUGUCAGAGGGGCGAAAAAGAAUUAUAGAAGAAAAGGACCUGGGCCACCGCAAGUUUACGGCCAGUAUCUUCAUGCAAGCGCACUUCUUAUUGCGAGGCUUGCUAUUGCUGUGUGGAUAGCUGCUUUGGUUGCAACGGCUGUUAUGGUAGCGAAACCAGUCGCUUUGGAGGGUUUUGCUAAAACUGCACCAUAUUUAAACUUGGUAAUAUGUGUGAUAGCAAUACCGUCAUCUUUUGUUAUAUCGGCCAGUAUCGAAAGCAAUCCCACUCCUUUCGCUACGAAAGGGGUCUCUAGAGCGUCAUUCCUAAACGGCCAAUCUAGUCAAUGUUCCGGUGAUUUAAUUGAAGAUCUCAGUGUUUCCCGCAGAGCUUCUUUGCAGAGAAAAGAGAGCAAUAGUGCAUCCAUAGCCACAGUACCUACAGCGGAGAUAUUUCAACUCGGAAGUUCUAAGACAAUUGAACCUAAGAUAAAAACGGCAAAGUCACUCACUAUAGGGACGGAAGACAUACCUAACGACAGGAUCAAGUUCGAGCUUAUGGCCAACUCUCCUAUUGGGAGAACUUAUACCGUUCAUGCAGCUCCGAGUAACAUGUCUUCAUUAUCAGUUCCACGCGUGCUGAGAGUCCCACCAAGGCUUUCAAAGUCCCCCCCUCAGCCAGUGUACAAUCCAGGCGCAUGGCGGACCGAAUGGAAUGAUGCCGCUGAACAACCAAGAGUAACGAAGGCUACCAAGACGUCCAUAGACAGUUCCAGCACAAACCGCUCCACCUACUCUUCUACAUCUGACCGAACAUCUUCCUCGUCGUCGCCAUCGAAAAGUUCUCACGAACCCAGCAAAGGGCAUCGCGCGACACCAAGCACUAGUAUUACAAGCAGUGCAAAUCGUUCCCGACUAUCAACGGUUAGAUAUGCCUCACAGCCGGAAGUUGCUAUUCGACAAGCAAUCAGAGUCGUUAAAAACCCCAACUAUACGCCUGGUAUGAGAGCUGCUACGGAUAAGGACCAAGACGUGAUUCAACGACCAGAGCCAGCAAUGCUAUCGAGAAGUGCACGGGAAACGCAUGGCGAUUCCAAAGCGCCCGCCUUGCAACGAAAACCAUCCAAUUUUUCUCGCCCUCUCCCGCCAUCAAGAGGCUCAGAGGUAGACUCGGCCAUCGAGAUGAAGAUGCCAGCAACAUUCAUUAAGGAACAACCUCGGACAUAAAAUCAGGACCAUUGCCUAAAACACUACUACUAUUGUAUAUUAUGAGAUACCACCAUAGAUACCAAUGCACUAAAUAAUACAAUUCCAAAUAUAAUUGAAUGAAGUACCUAGUUCCGUCCCUUUCCGCAUUGGUGUAUGCAAAUCUCAACGGAACGCACCGCACCUCCCUAGGCUUUUCCAGGAAGCGUAAUAAGGAUAACGAGAGUAAGUACUAAAAGUUCUGCUACACUUAAGAAGUCAACCAGUUCUAAUAUGUAUUAUACCUAACUGAACCUGCGUUAGACACAUAUUUUCG